UUUUCAUUUAUUUCCGACCAAUCCAGUUCGUACAAAUAUCCAUUGCUUUUCAACACGUACUAUAAUCAAAUCAAAUAAUAAAAAUUUCGAGUUUUUAUCAGUAAAAUUUAUAACCUGCAUCUCAUUGCCGUCACCGAAUCAGUACUCAUUGUUCCGAUAAACAGAAAAGACGAGCUGAACUGAAAUUAAACGACGCAAUAAGAAAAUUUCGAGUGUUCCCUGCAAUCGUGUUGGAUUAUUAUAUUUUCAUCAGAGUGUCAACAGAAAUUGAUUUUUUGUUAUUUGUUUUUCGGGGUCUGAUCCGUUUCGGUUCGAAUUGGAAAACAUUUUGCUUUUGUUUAAAUUGUGUGCAAAUUUCCGCCAAGUGCCGUUCAAGACAAUCGAGCGAACGUUUUUACAUCACAGUAAUCAUUCAAAUAAUUUUGAUUUAAUUGGUGUGUGGCAAAUUGAAUCCGUAUCACAAUGGAUAACAAUCCAGUCACAAUCAUUGUCAAAGCCCCAAAUCAACAGUUCGAAGAUCAAACAAUACAAUGUGAACUCUCCUGGACAAUAAAACGGCUCAAGGGAUUGCUGUCGGAAGUCUAUCCAUCAAAGCCUAAAACGGAUGAACAAAAACUCAUUUAUUCGGGUCAACUUCUCAACGAUCAAAUCGUUUUGAAAGAUAUUCUCAGACAAUACGAAGGCCAGGACACACAUACAGUCCAUUUAGUUUUGCAAUCAAACAAAGUGUUCGAGACAUCACGAUCCAUCAAAAACAGUGCACAGCCCUUGCAACCAGACAUUAGCACAGAUGGCUUACGGCAACGAAAUACGACACACAGUAACAGCUCCGAAACUGAUGGUUUGUUCAGACCUGCAGCCGAUUGGAGUAACAGUUUUGCCAGUCAGCCGAUAGCCGACAUGAAUCGGCAAUACAAUGAAUGGGUAUCACAGCAGUUGCCUUCGUAUAAUUUGAUGGUCGAACAAAUUUAUCGGCAAUACUACAGUCAAUACAUGAACGCUUUAAAUCAGCCGAAUAAUUUGUACAUGUCACAAAACGGAGGAAUGAACAACCUGCCUCAAAUGCCUUACUAUCCACAAAACUAUUUUCCAACACCAAACCUGUACAAUUCGCCAGUGACGCAACAGCAGCAAAAUAAUCAGGCACAACCACAAGUGCCACAACCGCAGGCCGUUGCCCAGCCUCAAGUUCAACCGCAACAACCGUUACCUGAUCAGCAACCGAAUCCUGCCCAGCAAAGAUUUCCAAACAUUGUGCAAGAGGAGGUGGAGAAUCGCGAUUGGUUGGACCUGUUUUAUGCAUUCAGUCGACUGAUGGUGCUGGUGACACUAAUUUACUUUUACUCAUCACCACUGCGAUGUUUGAUCGUAAUAUUCUUCACGAUUUUAUAUUACGGAUACCAUGUGGGUUACUUCAGACAACUCAAUCGCGAACCAAACAAUAACCAACCAGCCAAUGUAGCGCCGCCAGCUAACAAUAACAACGAGAAUGUUGCUGCACCAGUCGUGGAACAACAACCACAACAGCCUCAGCAACCGGCAGCGGACGCUGUCAAUAACGAAGAGAAUCCAAUCAAUGAGGCUGAACCGUUAGUCAAUGCUGCUGCUGCUGCUGCAUCACCUACUGAUAAUGAUGGUGCAGUGAACGAAGCCAAUCGAACACCAAUGAUUGUCCUAGUUCGAACGUUCAUUAUGUCCUUUUUUGCCUCACUGAUACCCGAAACGCCUGCAUUGUAAUUUCAACUGUGGUCAAUUAAUUCCAAUAAAAAUCUAAAUUUCAAAAUGAACUGAAAACAAGUCAUGAAGAGAAGAAGAUGAGCAGAACGAACAGAAGAAAGAAAAUGAAGAUGUGUUGAAGAGCUGCUGUGGAAGAGAUUCAGUUUACUUAUUUAUUUAGUAGCUAGACGUGAGACCUAUUUUGAUUUUGCACUUUGUACAUCCGAUCUACCUAAAGAAUUCGUUAUUUAAUACAUAUUAUAUUCGGAGGGCAUCGCUUUCUAGAGUUUACUCCUAGUACGUAAGCCAAAUAAAAAAAAAGGAAGAGCAAGACUCAAGUCUGUGUUGUACAUUUUCGAUAACAAUAAAAAUGAGAAUUUAAUUUAUGAUCAC